AAUGCUAUGCAGUUCUUGAGGGAUUUCUUUCGACUUCCAUCAACGACGACAACGACAAAUUUUGAAUGAAAAAACAGGUUAAAUAUUUUCUUUCUUUUAUUCCUCAUAAUAUACAAUAUUUUUUUCCUAGGAUUCCCAUGGAAGGAAGAGAGAUGUCUACUACGAGAGAAACAAUUCAGGACCCCUUCAAACCCUGGAAAUACCUUCUUUUCCCAACAAUCAGAGCCGGCUAUGCCUUUUCUGUCUUCUUCACCGUCGUUUCAAUCUCUUUCAUCUGCUACUUUGCUUUCUCCGCCCACAUCCUCGGUUGCCCGGAAUGCCACAGAACUGUUUCAAUCACCAACAAGAAGGACACUGACGUUGAUAUCUUCGCCGCUCACGAAAAGACAAAUAUAUCCCAUAUUCUGUUCGGCAUCGGAGGCUCCGCUAAGACGUGGAACAACCGCCGGCAUUACUCUGAGCUUUGGUGGAAGCCUAACGUCACCCGCGGGUUCGUUUGGCUCGAGGAGAAGCCUCCGGGCGGCGUGACUUGGCCUGUGACCUCGCCGCCAUACAAAGUGUCCGGGAAUACGUCCAGGUUCAAGUACAGCUGCUGGUACGGCUCGCGCUCUGCGAUCCGGAUUGCGCGCAUCGUGAAGGAGAGCUUUGAGUUGGGGUCGGAAAAUGUGAGGUGGUUCGUGAUGGGCGACGACGACACGGUGUUUUUCACCGAGAAUUUGGUGAAUGUUUUGCAGAAAUACGAUCAUAAUCAAAUGUAUUACAUCGGUGGGAAUUCUGAGAGCGUGGAGCAGGAUGUGACGCACUCGUACACGAUGGCUUACGGCGGUGGUGGGUUCGCCAUUAGCCACCCUUUGGCCGCCGAGCUCGUCAGGGUUCUCGAUGGCUGCAUUGAUCGGUACGCCACUUUCUACGGCUCCGAUCAGAAGGUCCAGGGCUGCUUGAGCGAGAUUGGCGUACCAAUCACCAAAGAGCUUGGUUUUCAUCAGAUCGAUAUACGAGGAAGCCCGUACGGUUUACUAGCGGCGCACCCAUUAGCGCCAUUGGUGUCGCUGCACCACCUUGACUACGUCCAGUCUCUGUUUCCAAACGUGACGCAGAAAGACUCGGUCAGGAAGCUAAUCACGGCUUACAAAACGGACCCGGCUCGGACCCUGCAGCAAACUUUCUGUUACGACCCGAGACGCAACUGGUCCGUCUCGGUGUCUUGGGGUUACACCGUUCAGUUGUUCCCGUCGUUGGUGACGACUCAGAAGCUCGAAACGGCGUUUCAGACGUUCCGGACGUGGAAGGGUGGGACCAACAAGCUCUUCACCUUCAACACACGGCCCGUCAGUGCGGACCCGUGUGAGCGACCGGUUAUCUAUUACUUGGACCGGGUUGAACGGGUCGGUCAGGGUGGGACACUCACCACGUACAACAGGUCCGUCAACAGGUGGGAAGAGGUGUGCGAGCGGGGCGAAUACGCACGUGCCUUCGCCGUCCGGUCUUUCAACGUCACAGCUCCCAUUUUCAACCCUGAUUUGUGGAAAAAGGCGCCACGUAGACACUGCUGCGACAUUAUCAACGGUUCAGAUUUGGUGGUUGAGGUCAAGAUCAGAGGCUGCAAUCACUUUGAGACUGUGACUCCUCCAUAGUAGUUGUCUAUAAGUAUUGAAGUUAGUGACCUACUUUUUUUCUUUCUUUCUUUUUUUCUUUAUUAUAUGAGAGAAGUUAGUCCACCAUGUAAGGUACUGUUUGUAUAAAAGAAUUAAUU